AUGGCUUAUCAUCAAAAUUCCGACUCUCCAAAAAACAAUUCAACUAAAAUAUCAGAAUUUAUUUCUCAUGAAAAAUCUGCUAACAAUAAUUGCGAUUUAAACAGCAUCAAAAGUCAUCCGGAUAUAAAUUAUAUCGCCGAAUUUAUUGUAAAUAAAUUUUAUUUUGCAAUUUUAAUAGAAGGUAAAACCGUACCGAGAAAUAUAGCAGAUGUUAAAUUUUUGAAUACCGACGAUGAAUUUAUUUACCACAAUUUUUAUAAUGAUUUUGGUCCAUUAAAUCUUGGCUGCCUGUACAAAUAUUGUUUUAAAGUUAAUAAAAUAUUAAAUAAUUCACGUAAUCGUCAUAAACAAAUAGUACAUUAUUGUGUUAAAAAUGAUGAGAAAAAAGCAAAUGCUGCGUUUUUGAUAACAUCGUAUGCUAUUUUAUAUUUAAAUAAAUAUCCUAAGGAUGCACAUAAAUCGCUAGUAGAUGGUAAUAUAUCAUUAAAGCCAUUCCAAGAUGCUUCAAUGGGACACUCUAUUUAUCGUUUACGAUUGCAAGAUUGUUUAAAUGCUCUGUACAAAGCAGUAACUUUUGGAUUUUUUAAUUUCGAUGAUUUUGAUAUAUCUGAAUAUGAAAAAUAUGAGAAAGUUAAGAACGGUGAUUUAAAUUGGAUCGUGCCUCAAAAAUUUUUGGCAUUCACGGGUCCGAGCACCGAACCGAGAACUCCCUACCAUCCUCCGGAACACUACUAUGACUAUUUUAUAGAAAAUAAUGUAAAUACAAUCAUAAGAUUGAACAAAGAAUCUUAUGAUUCUUCGAGAUUCACUAGAGUUGGAAUCAAUCAUUAUGACAUUUAUUUACCUGAUGGAAGUGUACCAUCACGUAAAGUUCUUUGUCAAUUUUUGUACAUCGCUGAGAUUACUAAUGGACCAAUUGCAGUUCAUUGCAAGGCGGGAUUAGGACGAACUGGGUCAUUAAUUUGUGCAUAUUUAAUAAAACAUUAUAAAAUGACUGCCAAAGAAGCUAUUGCCUGGGCACGAAUCUGCCGCCCGGGUUCAGUGAUAGGCCAUCAGCAAACAUGGCUCGAAAGUAUGCAAAAAGAAUUGAUAUUCAGUGGGCAAAAGUAUCGACUCAAGCACUACAAUGACGUUGAUAAAAUUUUACACCAUAAAUAUGGAAUAUAUUCGAUAACUUUGAAGUUGGAGCGAAAAAAUGAUAAAAUAAAUGAUACAAAUCAUAAAAAUAAUUCACUGUGUAAACGUAAAUUGUAUAAUAUGCCUACAGAAAAUAAACAGAAAUUUUUUAAUUUCUUUAGUACCAAUGGAUCUAUUUGUGAUUAUUUAUGGAGAAAAUUGAGCAGUUCAUCUGCUGAGGGCGAGGGAGAAUCGACGUCUUCUAAAAAUCAAAAUGAAAAUUCACCGAAUUCUGAAUCAAAUACACGAAAGUCGACGACAAUUGGGAGAUCAACUGAAUAA